AUGGAUCACUCCAGAGAUCCCUGCCCCUGGGUUGCUCUUAGCGACUUCGGUGGUGCUUUCUGUAUGGGUGCAAUUGGUGGUGCUGUCUGGCACGGUGUGAAGGGUUUCAGAAACAGCCCCUACGGAGAGCGUCGGAUAGGUGCCAUCACAGCCAUCAAGGCUCGUGCGCCGGUUCUCGGUGGUAACUUCGGUGUCUGGGGUGGUAUGUUCUCGACAUUCGACUGUGCGAUCAAGGGUAUCAGAAAGAAGGAGGAUCCUUACAAUGCUAUCAUUGCUGGUUUCUUCACUGGUGGUGCUUUGGCCGUUCGUGGUGGUGUCAAGGCUGCCAGAAACUCCGCUAUCAUGUGCGCUGUCUUCCUGGCUGUCAUUGAAGGUGUCGGUAUCGGUUUCCAGAGAAUGAUGGCCGACAACACAAAACUAGAGCUUCCUCCUGCCCCUCCGUCCGGCGACAAGGCCGUCGCUUAA